AAGCAGCAAUCCUCAAGGAAUUCAAUAUUCAGCUGUUUUGGAUUUGCAGAUCAGUGAUGGUGCAGGUGGAGUGCGUGUUCUUGAUGGCCGAAAGCUUCGAGUCGAGGGUUGCAACUCGGCCAUUAUCCUUCUAGUUGCAUCAUCAUCGUUUGAUGGGCCUUUUACCAAACCUGUGGAUUCAAAAAAGGAUCCUAAAUCUUCUUCAAUAAGUAAAAUGGAUUCAGUUAAAAGAUUUUCAUAUGGUGAUCUUUAUGCACGUCACAUUGAUGACUACCAAGCACUUUUCCAUCGCGUCUCACUGCAGCUUUCGAAGAGCUCCAAGAAUGUGACGGUAAAUCCUUUAAGAGAAAACACAGAUGAGACCAUUUCCACCGCUCAAAGAGUCAAGUCUUUUAAAAUCAAUGAAGAUCCCUCUUUGGUUGAGCUUCUAUUCCAGUAUGGUCGAUAUCUGCUAAUUUCUUGUUCACGUCCUGGGACUCAGGUGGCAAACCUGCAGGGGAUCUGGAACAAGGACAUAGAGCCAGCAUGGGAUGGUGCUCAACACUUAAAUAUCAAUCUUCAGAUGAACUAUUGGCCUUCUCUCCCUUGCAAUCUUAAUGAAUGCCAAGAGCCUUUGUUUGACUAUAUCUCGUCUCUGUCAAUUAAUGGAAAGAAAACUGCUGAGGUAAGACUUCCUUUCUGUUUUGCCUUGGUAUAG